CCCGCCAUGAUCCGAUUAAUAAUCGUCUGUCUCGCUCCAACGCCCACGUGCAAUCUUGCUUCCCACAUGGUUUCCGCCAACGACAGCGACCUGAUGCCUCACCCACAACAAUGGCAGCAUUGGAACGCAAAGGCAACAUCCUUCUGCAGACAGACAUCGAACCCGCCAUGUGGCGGCGUGCUUCAAUCAAGUUUCAAAAGCCAAAAUGGCCCACUAUCUAACACACUGGUAUAUUUUGCACCUCCCAAACCCCGUCAUGAUCCUUCCCGUGAUGAUGAUGAUGAUGAUGAUGAUGACGACGACAACGACGAUUAA